CAUCUUCAGCGACUACUGCUGCUCUGCCACCCCUCUGCUCAGGGCUGCAUCGUCGCGACAUGUCCUCCGUGGCGGCUGCUCGCUUCAAAGCGACCUCUGGUCGCGUCCAUCUCUUCAACCUGUCCCCUGCGACCGGCUCGCAGUCCACGCAAAAACGUCUUGGUCGCGGUCGCAGCUCUGGUCUUGGUAAGACCUCAGGUCGCGGUCACAAGGGUCAGAAGGCGCGUGCAGGAAAUGGCAAGCCCAAGGCUGGCUUCGAAGGUGGUCAGACACCCAUCGUCAAGCUCUUCCCGAAGAGAGGCUUCGUGAACCAGAACAACAAGAUGUUUGCGCCCGUGAACCUUGACCGUAUUCAGCACUGGAUAGACCAGGGGCGCCUCACGUCUUCGCCGGAGAAGCCUAUCACUGCGAAGGAACUACUUGAGAGCGGCUGCGUUCACAAUGUCCACGACGGUAUUAAGCUCCUGGGCAGCGGCUCGGAAUAUCUCAAGACUGCCAUCCACAUCACUCCCUCGCGAGCGUCGCGCAGUGCUAUCCGUGCUGUUGAGAAGGCGGGCGGGAGUGUUUUCUGCCAGUAUUACAACGACCUUGCUCUCAAGGAUUGUGUGAAGGGCAGGACAGACCGGACGGAUGCUGCGCCUACACGGAAGACCGAUAUUCUCUGGUAUACCUCCUGGCAGAAUCGGGGUUACCUGUCACCCACGGCACUGUCGAAGAUGCCUUUGGGGCAGGACCGGUGGCGCGAGCUUUCGAAGCAACUUCUUGCCUUCAAGACGCAGGAGUACGAGAAGGCCAAGUAGAGUACCUCAUAUUACAUAUAUGCCCGUUGUUAAUCU